AUGGAUGAAAUUUACAAGAUCGCUUCCACAGAGAGGAUCCAGAUGUUGGAGAAAGAACUGGCUGUGCAGUUGACUGAACUGAAGUCUCAGAUAGCAGAACAGGGGACUCUUCUGGGAACAGCUCAUCGAGCUUACAGGUGGAAGAGAUUUUGUCAGCACAGUAAGAUCAUGGAGCAACUUUAUCCUCUUUAUAAGAAACAAGUGGCCUACAUUAUGCAGGAGUACAGCGAUGCCCUUCAGAGAGCUGAUAGAUUGUCUGUCGCACGAGAAAACUUUCUUCUGGGAAAAAGCAAUCCUCCUAACUUAGUGACGCAGGAAGACCUGACUGUCUAUACAAAGUGGUUAGUGUGUCACCUGCACUCGCUCAAGACUAUUCACCACUACCUGCAGGCCCUCCAGUAUCUGCCCAUCUCCAACGUGCUGAGUGUGGCUGCUGACGAAGUCUCUGAGGCUGGUCAGGAAAAUGAAAAGGUCCACGCCAAUGACACCAAUCCUGACAUCCAAGGGUCUGCAUCUCCAGGCCCUAAGGAUACCAGCGUUUCUGGUUUCCCAAAAAUUUCAAAGCAUCUUCAAGAGCAGCAGAGAAUGCAAAUGUUUCCCGACUAUGAUCUUGGGACAGCUAACGCAGAGAACUUGGGUUUGGUAGGACCUGGGAUGGCUAUGAAAAAGAGAGCAAACUGGAUUUCCUUUAUAAAGAUUAAGCCAAAAUGUGAUCCUUGGCAAAAGAAGCUUUUGACCAAACUAAAAGAACAGAGAAGAAUAGAUGUAUUAAUGCAACUCCAAGCAAAGUUUUUGAAGAUUUCCAGCCCUGAGCGAGUAACGCAAGUGCUCCAAGAUCACGCUGCAAAGACAGUCACGCUGGCUCCAUCUUAUCCCACUUCUGUGGCUUCCCAGGGUUUGCAUCAGUUCAACUAUGACCGAAUCUGGGAGAAUAUUUAUAGUAACACCAACCUCUACCAGAAUGAAAACAUGAAGAAAGAUGACCUUUUGAUGGAACAAAAUGAAAAUUGCCCAAGCCACCUUCUCCGUCAGUGUGCUGGGGAGCCUGUCAAGCAGGAAAUGGAGGCCGGGUACAGCCACGCCAGGGCCCUGCACCUGCUGGGCCUGGAUGAUGGGACGGGGCCUAGUGAUGAGGAUCCUGUCUUAAGGAGAGGGGCCUACCUGUCCUUUCUGUACCUGCGCCACCUGCGAAUCAGGGAGCUGCAGCGCACCUGCUUAGGGAUCCUGAACUACUUCAGAUCUGUUGAGCGAACUCUGACCAUCAACACUUCAGGCCUCACCUGGGUUGCAGGGAGCCUGGUCCCCACCAUAGAAGAGAGUUCCUGGGUAAACAUGGCAAAAGGAGGCUCGGGCACCUUGCAAGGCCUGGGAGCUCGCCACUAUGUCUACGGGACACCUGCCGAGCACAAGGUCCAUGGCACCCAAUUCAUGGAGUUCUCAGAAGUGGAGAACCAGGAUGACUACUAUAGCACUGAAGCCGGCUACGUCCACACCCAGGACCAGCAAGGGGUGCAUGUCAUGUAUGACAAGGCCUUGAGUGACCUGAAGGAACUGGAGACAGAACUGCUGCUGGUGGCCAGCCAUUACAUUGAGAAAGAAAAAGGUCACAAAGAGGGCAGCAAGUCAAACGCUGGCCAGGUCUGGGGAUGGGCCCAUGCAGGAGUGGACAGAUUUGCUGUGCUGUGCGAUCUGUGGACUUGGCAGGCAGCCCUUCUAGAAAACAAGCGCCAGCUUCUGGACUGUUACUUUGAAGCCUACCAGCACACGCUGGACCCCGAGGAGAGGUUCGCCUUGGCACAGGUGAUCACUGACGUCAUGUACAGGGGCCCCCGGUUUGAUCUCAGCCACCCUUACUUCAUUAAGGCCUACCGAGAGGAGUGCGCCUGCCUGAGGCUUCACCUGCAGCUGCUGCGGGGCAUCCUCAACCAGCACAUCGAGCGGCAGCGGGAGUAUGUCCAGAGGCUUUGGCAAGAAGGCCGUCCAGAUGACAGCAAUAACUUUGGACUCCCCCUUAACAUAAUUUGCAAAGAACGCAUUUCCAUCAACAAUAGCUGCCCGGCACUGAAAAACACGUAUCUGCUGGAGUUCCACCCUUCCCUGGGCCUGGCAGCGCUCCUCCCCAGGGCCCUGGAGCACCUCUUCCAGGAGGCCCGCCGCCUCUGCCGGCCUGCAUCCCCCAGCGGCCUGGCCCUGCUGGAGCGGCGGCUGCUACAGCGGGCCCUGGACCUGUGGCUCGCCACGGCCCCGGAGUCCUGGUACAGCGCACAGCUCCAGAAAGAUCUGCUUUCAGCGAAGGUGAUGGGCGAUCCCUUUCUUGUGGAGGAGAUAGGCCUGCUUGCACUUAAGUCUGCGGCAGCCAAAGGACAGAACCAAGGCCGAGAUGCUCGUGUGCUGCUCCUGGAGACGUUUUCCAAACUUCUGGAACUUGUGACCCUCCGCCACCGGCUGAUAGAAAUGAGCCUGGAGAGCGCACACUUAGCUGGUCUCUAUAAGAAAAUGGCGUCGGAGAUGGGCUUUGAAGAGUUCCAUUUGCAUCUGAGGCCUGUUCACUUUGAAUUUGCAACACACAAGGACAAGGUGGAUCAUCCACCUCCCGUCUUUAUCACCUCUCUGCUGGAAAACAGUGAUUGUGUAGACAGAUAUUCUCCUACUACUCUUGUCUUGGCCAUCUCUGAGGUGGAUGAUAACCAAGUGGGCAAAUUUAGUUUUUAUACGAAGGAAGCCAUCCUUAAGCUCUUGUUCCAUUCGGGAGUUGAAAACAUGCAAGUGACUCUUGCAUGUCAAGCUGCUCAGAAGAAUGCUUUGAUGGUGGCUGUCCAGCAUGCAUUCUACUAUCACACUCCCCGAGGAGGCUGUCCUGCUGAGGUCAAGGUCAGCCUCUAAGAUAGCGGAGCCUGAGGCAUGCUACCAUGACUCACCAGCUAACCUCAGGCUGUC